AUGAAGGUUGCGAUCUUCGUUGAGCCAUCACCAUUCACUCAUAUCAGCGGCUUGAAGAACCGCUUUGAGUCGUUGAUACACGGCCUCCGCGAGGUCGGAGACAGCGUGCUGGUCGUGACGCCCGACCCAGCGCCGCCCAAGCACUUUUUCGGCGCGGAGGUGAUUGGCGUGUGGGGCUUCCGGCCGCCCCUCUACAACUCCCCCACCCUCCUCCUCUCCACCGGCCUCUCGGUGCACGCUGCACGCGCGCUCUGGAGGCUGCGGCCUGACGUCAUCCAUGUGUCAGGCCCCGGCCCCAUGGUGUUCGCAGCCCUGCUGUACGCGCGCCUGUUCGGGGCGCCCUUGGUCAUGAGCUACCACACCCACAUACCAGAGUACAUCCCGCGGUACACAUGGCGUGGGCUGGUGGGGCCGGCGUGGGCCGUCAUAAGGUGGUUUGUGCGGGCGGCCGAUCUGACGCUGGUGACAUCAGCGGCUAUGAAGGCGGAGCUGGUGCGCAAUGGCUGCCCAGCGGACAGCAUCGACGUGUGGCAGCGCGGCGUCGACACCAAGGCGUUCCACCCCCGCCACCGCAGCGAGGCCAUGCGGGCGCGCCUCAGCGACGGCCACCCUCAGGCGCCGCUGCUGCUGCACGUCGGCCGCCUGGCCGCAGAGAAGAACAUCACGGCGCUGCUGGACGUCUUGCAGCAGCUGCCGGGGGCGCGGCUGGCGAUCGUCGGCGAUGGCCCGCUGCGGCUCGAGCUGGAGCAGCUGUUUCGGGGCAUGCCUGUGAAGUUCACGGGCACCCUGCAGGGCCGCGAUCUGUCCGAGGCGUUUGCCAGCGCCGACGCCUUUCUCAUGCCCUCCGAGACCGAGACCCUCGGUUUUGUGGUCCUCGAGGCCAUGGCCAGCGGGCUGCCCGUCGUCGCUGUCGCGGCCGGUGGCCUGACAGAUGUUGUGUCGCGGCCGGGAGAGAACGGGCUGCUGUACCCUCCCGGAAAUUACGCCACCUGCGCUGCGCACGCGCGGCGACUGAUUGCGGACGUGGCCGCGCGGCGCGCCAUGGGCGCCGCCGCGCGCCGUGAGGCGCAGCGGUUUGGCUGGGCGGCGGCAACGCGACACCUGCGGGAGCAGCAGUAUGCACGCGCGGUCUGCAACGCCAAACCUAGGCCGCGGCGCUGCUCGAAAUUCUGCGACGCCACCCUGAGGGCGCUGUCUCGUGCGCCGGCCGGGCUGUUGGUGGCGCUGUCGUCGCUGCUGGUGCUGCUGGCGGCGCUGGGCUACGCCCUGCCCUACCGGCCUGCUGCUGCUUGA